CGGGAGGGACUGUAGUACCAGAAAGCUACGAUGGACCGAGGACACAGGAAGCAUCGGAAGCAGCAACGCAAGAAGAGAAGGCGGUCGGUGUUGUGACGAAUGAGUUCAUCGAAGGGAUGAUCGACCUGUUCAAAGCGGAGAAGAAGCUACCGCUCAAGUACGUGUGGCAGAUUGUGCUUGGGGCGAAAUUGCAACUUGACAAGGAACCUAGCUUGGUGGACUACGAGAUUCCCAAGAAGCAGACGAUCGACGUCGUAGGUGACACGUAAGUGCCUGAAGCGAAGUGCGAUGCGAGGUGCACCUUCUGACGACAGAGAACUCUAUCGCAACAGACACGGGCAAUUCUACGACUUCCUUCAUCUCCUCACCCUUACCGGCCCGCCUUCGGAAACACAUGCAGUCUUGUUCAACGGAGACUUUGUCGACCGUGGCAGCUGGUCUGUCGAGAUUGCACUCACAAUUUUCGCCUACAAGUGCCUCUACCCCAAGACCACCUUGAUCAAUCGCGGCAACCACGAGACGGCGGACAUGAACAAGGUCUACGGAUUCGAGGGCGAGUGCAAGCACAAGUACGGGCCCAGCCCGCUGACAUUCCAGUUAUUCAGCGAGGCAUUUGUCUCUCUACCACUUGCAACGCUGAUCACCGCACCAGAAGAGCCGUUGCAGGGCCAGGAUCUUCUGGCCACGUACUCCAAAGCGCAGCGCAGUCCGAUUCUGUCGCACGCCAAGGAGCCGAGCGGUGAAGUGGGCCGAGAAGGACUGAAGCGCUUCUUCGUUGUACACGGCGGUCUGUUCUCGAAGGACGAGGUCACGCUGCAGGACAUUCGCAAGAUCGACCGACGAAAGCAACGCCAACCGGGGCAAGAGGGCUUGAUGAUGGAGCUUCUUUGGAGCGAUCCGCAAGUGGCCAAGGGCCGUGGGCCCAGCAAGCGCGGUGUGGGGCUGGGCUUUGGACCUGACAUUACGCGCAAGUGGUGCGAGUACAACGGUGUUACGGCUGUCCUGCGCAGUCACGAGGUCCGACAGGGUGGCUUCGCAGAGGAGCACGACGGUUUGUGCUGCACCAUCUUCUCCGCCCCCAACUACUGCGAUUCGGUCGGCAACAAGGGGGCCUUUGCUCGCAUCGACGAGCGCGGCACGAUGAAAUUCGAGGUGUUCGAGGCGCAGCCGCAUCCAAACGUCAAGCCAAUGGCCUACGCUGGAAACAUGAUGAACAUGAUAGGCUGAGAGUUGGCCGUCGGUGGCGCGCAGUAACCGGAUAAAAGGGGCAUAGAGCUCGAGCUCGAGCUCGGA